AGUUUUCACGAGUCCCACUGCCUUCAGUUUGCAGUAGAAAACUGAUUCUUGCUUCUGUGCCAAGAACUCUGAAUUUGCAAAAUCCUGCUGGUCUUUGGACAAGAUUUGCUAUUGAAGGGCUGCAGCCUUCAAUGCAGUAUUGACCUGAGCUCUUUCACUGAACACCCCAUGGAAGGACGGGCCUUGGGGUAGCUCCUCGCCUGCACCUGGGAAUAGUCUUUGUUGUCUUCAGCCCUAUCAACCUCCACAGCACUGGUAAAAGCACUCGGAGCUCCCCUAUGGUUGCUGGAACUACGCCAUUAGCUCGGAGGGCAGAAUCACCAAGAAUUUUACAUUGUUUAUUUCUCUUUAGAAAUAACAAUAUAGUGAUAGUGCAGCUGCCUAAUGUGACAUUUUUUUAAAAUCACAAUUUAUGAGAUCAUUUUGAAGCAAGUUUCUGACCUGCUUUUCCUUGUAACAACUCCUUUAUGGUACUUAUAAAUCUGGUACUAUGCAUGUAAUGAAAGAAUACAAGGACUAGAAGGAAACCAGCAGUAAUCAGACUGGGAGGUGCCUCGGUUGAGAUGCGCGGUCCCAUGGACACACUCCAAGGGGCAACAUGCUGAGCUCCUGGGCUGUGCUCUGGCACUUCUUGGUGCUCUGCACAACUCCAAAGAGGGGCCCCAGGCUGGAGGCAACACAGCUUGCAGGAAGCAAAGCAGUUCAGUGCAGGUGCUGGUAGGAGCUUAGCAUUUCCACAGAGCAGGUGUCAUAGCACUGUGCAGGUGCCCAGAGCCCGCCAGCAUCCAUGCAGACACAGCUGCAGCACCGCAGCGCUCCCUGCGCUGAGCCUGGCCAGUACAUCGCUGCUCCCAGCCACGCUGUGUUCAGGGAAGUCUUUCUCUUAAGCAGUUGGCUCUCCCAGGACAGUGAAAGAAGUCCCAGAACUGUCCGUUCUAGGAAAGAUGUCAGAACAGAUCUGAUUCUGGAAUUCCAGAUAAGAGUCAUCCUAUAGCUCUGCACUUAGUCCUACUGGCAUACAGUAUUGCAAAGUUUCCCCACAGGGUAUUUCUAUCUGUGCCAUAAACAGAAAUACUAGAGAUCUCACAGGAAAACAGAAUGCUGUGUUUCCCUAAUGACAUUUCCAGGCACAAACAGCUAAAGGCCACUGUUCAAACAAAUGGUUAUCUGACUUCCACACGGUGAAAAGUGCACCUGCGGCUGCUAAAGUGAGUAACAUGAAUGAAUAUGAAAUAAGAAUAAAGCGCUGUUUUAUAAAACAGAACCUCGCCUUGCCAUCAGAGCUGCAUGUGGUGGGCGAUGUGGGUCAGCAGGUGCCAGCACAGCACCCACUGCUCCUCAUUUUCCCUUUUUUCCUGGUGCAGCAUUGACACUUUCAUUGCUCUCCUCACCUGGAGGGCUUUCCACUGUUCAGCAGUUCUCAUUACCCAUUUCAAAGUCCUUCCUAUUAUUAUUUUAUCAUUUUACUGACUUUAACUCAACUAUCAAUUAAUGCAGUCCUAAAACCCUUUGGCUACCAGAACUGAUAAAUAGGAAUGGAAGACUCUACUUCCAUUUCACUUCAUUUAUUUUAAGUGAAAUCUGUGUAAAGAAGACAAAUGGCACAUUUUCUAUUACCAGAUACUAUUUCACAUCCUCCUUACUCUUUCCUUUUUAAUACCAUCAUCAGAAGCGAUGCACUUCAGUUCUUUUAGGCAUACUCUGAUGAUACUGCAAUAUACGGUUUACGGAAAAAUCAAAUUACUUUUUUUUUUUUAAAUGUCAGCAGCACUCUUCGCCAUCUCCCCGCUAAAAUGCAACAUCUAAUUUCUGCAUAGUACGUUUGCAGCAGUUGCUGUGGGCGGAGAGUCUGCUUAUUUGUUUGGUUGGUUUUUACUACAAGGCACUGUCAUGGCAACCACAGCGAGGGUGAACGCAUCUGGAGGUACUCUGUAUACGUCACAUUGGCUGCAGUAAAACUGCCUCAUGCCAUUUAAACUUUUUAUCUGCUGUGUGAGGGCAGUCAGUCAGUCAUGUGAGUCCCAGGGGCGGCUUCUCCUCUGCAGGACUCUGUGCACAGCCCCUCCUCACAGGCCUAGCAGUGCCGUGCUGGCUGCACACAGCGCUGUGCUGGGACGGCGCGGGACUGCCGCUCUGUUCUUGGAUAGAUGAGCAUGGCAGCACUCUGCGGUGUCUAAUUGUAGCUAAUAUUCUGUUCAUCUGUCUCGGUACUUCUGACCCUUCUACUGUAAUUCCUGAGCACUCACAACGUUAAUCAGAGAUUUUCAAUAAUUUAAAUCUAAGGGUCAGCUCUUCCACUGGCGUAAAUCAAUGUCUUUUUUUUCCCUUCUUUUUGGCUUUGGAGCUAAUCGGAAGGGAGUUUGGAUCACAGUGGGAAAGUGAUCUUAAUUUAUUAAAGCACACUGCUGCCUUGUAGCCCAUAGUGCUGUCUCUCUCUAGAGCUCAUCAGCUGCUAAAAACCCACAGGUACUGGCGGGAGGAGAACAGGGCCUUGUCACACUGAGCUCUCAGAGUAAGUACAGCAGCAGAAACAAAGGCACCUGCUAUUUUCAGUGCUACGGCUGAGAUCAGCACCACAAAGUGCCAGCAGGCCGUCAGCCCGGUCCAUGUGCCAGCCCUGCUCAGCCUUGUCGAGGAAUUCCGGCUCCACUGACGGCACAUCCAGCUGGGCUCAGGAGUGCUUUUUUCUUAGAAGUUUUUGAGCCUUGCUUCUGAUUGCUGUUUAAGAUAGAAAUAAAUGGUACAACUAGAUGAAAAAGCAGAGGCUUUUAAUUGCUAACAUCUAUUGAAGAAAGAGGCGUAAGCGAAUAGCCGCAAAAAUGUAAAUCAGAAACAAGGAGUACAGCAAAGAGAUGCUUCUUUGCUGGGACUGGAGAUUCCAGAGAAUGCUCCAGUGGCAAGUUAAGCAAAAGCCAUAAUAUUUUCUUUCCUGGAGAACAUUGCAUCUUUUCCUUAGCACUUGCCAGGCCUCGUAGAGAAGCUGUGACCAGGGAAGCAGGAACUUGUGGGGAGAUGCCACUUUGUAUUCAUUACAGGAGGUUAAAGGUUCCCUAGAGCACAAAGGAGCUUUCCUUUCCCAGCAAUCCCAUCACGGUACACAUCAACACAAUUAAAGCCUGCAAAGCUCAGAAGUGGUCAGAAGUAUUUGGUUAAAUCUGAAAUUAGUUUUUAUUCCAGACAUUCACUGUUCUUUUCCUAUGCACCUCUACAUGUUGAUAUUUGUCAAUAAAAAUUGACUAAAAAAAACAGGACCUCCGGUUCCUCUCACAGUGACAUGCACAGUACCUCACACAGAUCACACAGCCUUCAACCGCAAAGAGAUUAAUAAUUUUCCUGUCCUUUGUCAGUAGAUGCAGUUUCUUUCCUCCCCACACCCACACUGCUGUUUCCUUCUGAUCAGCAUUUGUAGCUUAGCUACUGCUUAACUGAAAGGAAGGAAUUUGCCAAUGCAUUGCUAGAAAGAUGCCUGUGCAAUGUCUGUCCAUUCCAGCCAUGGACAAAGAAGGGAGAAGAUGACUAUUGACAAAAGAAAAUAAAGAACCUUUCUCCAAACACCUCUAGAGAAAUCAUUUCAUUAUAACUGUAUUUCUUGCACAGUUCUAGCUCAAGAAAGGUAACGCUGAGUAGCUGGAGCUAUCUACUGCUUAAUCAGUCAUUCUCACAGGAUUAUUGUCAUUAAAGUGCAUAAUUAUGAGUAGCAGAUGGAGGAGCGCUGGGCUGGAGGGAGGGUGCAGGGAAGGUGCCCGAGGGCCAGUGUGGUUCUGCUGACGCUUCCCCUUGGCACGGCAGGUGCAGCGAGCGGCUCGGCCAUGGCACCGCGCAGGACUGGGCCUGGCUUGGUGGCUGCCUGGGGCCCUGACAGCCACGUACGGAGCAGCAGUGCUGGAGUGAUGGGCUGAACCCAUGGGAGGAAGCAGCACCUGUUCAGGUGGACGCCCAGCAGCCCACUGGGAGGCGUGAAGGCCCGUUCCAGUGGGGGCAUGGCCAAAGCGUUCUUCAGGCUGCAGAAGUUCCUUCGGCGGACCCAGUUUCUGCUCUUCUUCCUGACCGCCGCGUACCUCAUGGCCGGCAGCCUCCUGCUGCUGCAGCGCGCCCGCCUGGCAGCCCAGCAGGGACCACGCGGGGCCUCAGGCCUGGCACCGCCAGGGGUGGACACGGGGCCGGGAGCCAAGGCCGCAGACCCUCACCUGGCGCGUAGCCCCAGCGCCCAGCUCCCCGUGGGAACGGACGCGCUGCCGGGGGUGGAACCGCGGCACAGCCUGCGCUGGACGGCAUCACGCAACUCAGAGCUGAGGUGGCUGCGGAGGAGGUGGUUCCACAGGUUCAUCGGUGACCAGGAGCCCAUGCAGACGGCGGGACUCAGAGCUGUGAGGGGUGCCGCCGAGCACAAAGGCACCUACGUGGGCUGCUUCAGCGAUGACUCGAGGGAGAGGACACUGAAGGGAGCUGUAUUCUACGACUUACGAAAAAUGACGGUGGCUCACUGUCAGGAGGCGUGUGCUGAGAGGGCCUAUGCCUACGCGGGCCUGGCGUACGGAGCGGAAUGCUACUGUGGAAACAAGCUCCCAGCCACCGCCUCCAGGCCCGAGGAAUGCAACAGCGAGUGCAAGGGCGAGAAGGGCUCGGUGUGCGGCGGAGUGAACCGGCUGUCAGUCUACAGGGUGGAGGAGCUGCAGGCGGCGGCACCACGACGGAGGAAUGUUAUCUAUCGAGGAUGUUUUAGAGCUCCAGAAAAUUUAACAGACACCUUUCCAGCCUCUUUGAUACAGCCCAAUUUGACGGUGGAGAUGUGCUCUGAAUUUUGCUCCAAGAAAGAGUUUCCCUUGGCAGUGAUCCGGGGGCGGGAGUGCUACUGCGGGUACCCCACGGGGCGCUUCCCACUGCGGCACGGCGCAGACAGGCGGCUCUGCAGCGCGAUGCCCAACGCCAGCAGCGCUGCCACAGGGGGGUACUGCCUGGCCUACCAGACUCCGGUGCAAGACACCCGCUGCACAGACAGGAAAUUCUUAACCACAAAAUCUAAGGGGUUCAUUGCUUUGUCAAGCUUCCCAGGGGCUGGCAACACGUGGGCUCGCCAUUUGAUCGAGCAUGCCACAGGCUACUACACAGGCAGCUAUUACUUCGAUGGAGCCCUCUACAACAAAGGCUUUAAAGGAGAAAAAGAUCACUGGCGAAGUAGACGGACCAUCUGUGUGAAAACACAUGAAAGUGGCAAGACGGAGAUUGAGAUGUUUGACUCUGCUAUCCUGCUGAUACGAAACCCAUACAAAUCGCUCAUGGCAGAGUUCAACAGGAAAUUCGCUGGGCAUCUGGGCUACGCUGCAGACCGCAACUGGAAGAGCAAAGACUGGCCAGAUUUUGUGAACAGCUAUGCCUCCUGGUGGGCCUCCCAUGUCCUGGACUGGCUGAAGUAUGGAAAGCGUCUGCUUGUCAUCCACUACGAGGACCUGAAACAAAGCCUCAUCCCCAAGCUGAAGGAGAUGGUGGAGUUCUUGAACAUGACAGUGACGGAGGACCGUCUGCUCUGUGUCGAGAACAACAGGGAUGGGAACUUUAAGCGGUCUGGUGCUAAGCAAAAGGAUUUUGAGCCAUUCACCCAAGAAAUGAAAGAUCUUAUCAACAGAUACAUCCUGACAGUGGAUGAGGCCCUGAGAGGAAGAAACUUCACAGGGCUGCCCAGAGAGUAUGUGCCAAGAUGAUAGCAUGGUAGCACUCAACUGUGCUUAAAAAUAUUUUUUUAAAGAAAAAGAGACUAGACCUUUAUAGCAGCUAAAGCAAAGAUACUUGGGGAGUCUGCUGAGCAAUGCAAAUUCUCUCCACUCUGAGGUGUUCUUCAGGGCACUAGGUGUUCCAAAAGGCAAACAGCAGAGGAUAGAAUUUGGUUGACGGAACGAGGCCAAGCCACCAUCUGCCUGCAGGCACUCCUCUGCACAUAGACAGCCAGAGCCUCACGGCAGAGCUCUGGUGCUCCUCGCUGAUGGGGAUUUCAUGGCUAUCAGUUUGGAAGCGGGCUACGUAAAGGGAGGAAAAGCAUGGCAACACCGAUAAACAAUUUUCAUCUGAGCACUUCAGAAAUCUGUUCCUUUCUUCUCAGCACGGCCCACAGCUUCCCUCUGCAGGGCCACCGGCCUGGCCCAGCCUGGCCCCAUGCUCUCACCAGCCACAGCCCCAGUGAUGGAAUGGAGGUCUGCACAGCUGCUCGCUGCCCCUGCGCCGGGUGUUGUGCUGGGGAGCACCCAGUGAGCAGCACAACUGAGGGACUGUGAGGCACUUCUGUUCGUGUGAAAUAAGGGAUUCCUUGAAAACCUGCCCAAAAACAUUAGUUUUAAUAAAACAAGAAGUUUGUAUAAAGGGAGCUGGGCUUCCUCUGUGUGUCACUGGCACUGAAUACAAUAAAACUGUCACAAACAAAACAUCAAGUGCACUUCAACCCGACCAGCACAGCCCCUGUGGUGCCCAGGCUGCAGGGUUGAUAUUCAAAACCACGAGCCCUCUGUCAUUGGCAGAAGUGGCACAAGUAAAGGAAAACUAGCUCUGUAGCUUACUUUUUUUCCCCGUAAGUCCAGGAAAAUGCAGGUGAGAAAAAAAUUGAAAAAAAAUCCAGAGCAAAAGUUGUAGCAGAGGGAUCUGUAAAUCUUCGUUCAGCUUCCACUACCUGAACUCCACU